AUGGCGCCAAGUGAGAAGGAUGAGAGAAUUCUGGGAAGAUCAAAGCCUGAAUUAGAUCCAGUUAAAGAGAAAUCCGAAGCGCAAGGCGCACAUUGGCGGAGGGAGAAAAUGAGCGCACGUCGGUCGCAGUUCCCAUGGUUGAAGCUGACGGAGGGAUUUAAGGCGGAGUCGCGGGGUUGCAUAGAAUUCCUCCUGAUCUCUCCUAUUUAUAUAUAUUGUUAUUCUAAAAUGUAUGUAUUAUUGAUAAGCUAG